UAAGAUUACGAAUCGUAUGAAAUUUCAGUCUGGUAAUCAUUGUUUUCCUAAGGAACAUCCUUAAUUGUUCAACACUCGUUUACUACCGGUCGAAGCGAUUUGUGAUAAAGAGCAGAAAAUGAAGAUUUGUGCUUCUCUACUUAUUUCGUGUAUUGCCUUUUUGGCAUUAGCAAAUGCAGAAGCUGCAAAUACUAAAAUUGCAAGGGCCAGGGUCGAAAGCUGUCCGAGUUGUAAACUGAACAGAUUGCCAGAAGUAAAAGCGUUUAUUUACGAGGACCUUCCAAAAUACGACAAUACAGAGUUUAAGAAAAUUCAAGGGGCUCCUCCAGUGCUCUUAUUUUUAAACGACGCUGAUGAAAUCGUCGAACAACACUCACUAGAGAAAUUUAGUCGUCAAGAAUGUAACAAUCUACUAAAAAGCAAAGGUUUUAAUAUUAAGGAUAAGGAAUUGUAAAUAAAAUGAAAAUCUUUUAAGGAAA